AUGGGGGAGGAGAUGGCACUCGGCGUGGGGAACGGCUGCGCUGGGAAACCAGCAGGGGAUGAGGCAGAGACUGUGGUGAUGAUCCAGGAGGGGCCCUCGCGGCCUGAGCCGUCUGCCUGGACCCCAUGUCCCCGUGCCCUCCGCAACCUGGCCAUAGGCAGCAUCGUCUGCGGCUGCUCCUGCCUGGGGGUGCUGGCCCUAAUCUAUGCUGUCAAGGCCAAUGAGAAGCGGAAGACAAACUCUCCUGACGCGGCUGUCUGGGCCCGGAAGUCCUUCCGGUUCUCCCUUCUCAGCAUCGGGGUCUGGGUGUCUCUGCUCAUCCUGGUGCCGCUGCUCAUGGGACUCAUCUCCUACCUGAUUGCCAGGGCUGAGUGA